UAAGAAGCGUAUGGAAGUACAAAUUUGUGGGUAUUGGCAUGGCCUCCGCUGUCCUGGUUCGGUUCUAUUUGCCUCUAGUAAUUUCCUGCACCGAGUACGAGUUUAUUCCAUAGUAAUGGUCGUAUUUGGUAUUGGCAUUAUGCCGAUCAAGUAUUUAACCUACUCGGUUAUACCUUUUGCACAUUUUUAAAGGUAGGAUGCCCCCAAAGUUUUGAUGCUUCACAGGUCACGGCAUCAAAUCGUAAACGAUGCUUUUACAAUUGACUAUAGCCAUUUUGGCAGGCAUUGCCUGCGGUCGGCCCGCGUGCUGGUCAAUCGGUCAGCCGGUAAACACCUCCAGUGGGCCAGUUAUCGGCCAUGGCGCGGACUGGAAGCCAGAAGUUUCCGAGUAUCUUGGAGUUCCAUACGCCGAACCACCGGUCGGAGAACUACGAUUUGCUGCGCCGAAACCUUUCAAAGGGAACAAGUCAAUCACCGCGACUACAUUUGGUUCGUCAUGCCCGGAGAAUAUUGGUGGUCCGGCUAGUACAAUGACGGACGUUGAUGAGGACUGCCUCACUCUAAAUAUCUGGACGAAGCCACAGGUGGGAGAAAAAUCCAAGGCAGUCAUGAUUUGGAUAUAUGGGGGUGGGUUCGGAUCAGGGAGAUCCUCUACGCCGCUCUACAAUGGCGCUCGUCUUGCGGACGAACACGAUGUCGUCGUAGUUAGCGUAAACUACAGAGUCAACAUCUACGGAUUCCCUCGGGCCCCUUUUAUCCCGGAUCUGAAUCCUGGUCUUUUAGAUCAACGUUCCGGAGUUGAGUGGGUGAGAGACAACAUUGCGCAAUUUGGAGGAGACCCAAAGCGAAUUGUUCUGUUUGGUCAAUCUGCCGGAGGCGGAUCAGUGGAUAUGUAUUCGUUUGCAUAUCCACAAGACCCUAUUGUGUACGGUCUCAUCUCUCAAUCAGGAGUUGCUGCAAAUUCAGUCGGCCCCCCACAAAACACGUCCUCGGCUUGGUGGGAAUCUAGCCGUAGCCUUGGUUGCGGUGGGAUUGAAGCUGGUAAGAGUACCUUGGCGUGUAUGAGAUCAAAAUCCUGGCAAGAAAUAACAGACAGCGUUCCAAGACGAGGGGUGAGUGCGAAUAUUGGUGCUGGUGGAUUUGGACCAACCCUGGAUAACAAGACGGUGCUCCCUGAUUACAACGGGCGAAGAGCCAAAGGCAUCUUUGCGAAGAUUCCGAUGCUUGUGGGAAACACCAACUACGAGAAAGGCUUCUAUGAGGAUCUAGCCAGACAAAGGAAUGAGACGCUACCGGCAACUUAUCGCCCUCCAGAGUUAGAUGGUUGCGGAACUCAUGCUGCGGCACUAUCGUACAGGAACGCUGGGAUCAAUGCCUGGAGAUAUCUCUACGCAGGAACAUGGGGCAACGAUACUGCCCCAGGAGCAGGUCAUGGCGCUGAAAUUGCGCUUGUGAUGGGCACGAUCGAUCAUCCCACGCGAAAUAACAGCACACCCGAAGAAGCUAAGCUCAGUCUGCGCUUAAGACGCGCAUGGACUGCAUUUGCCAAAGAUCCUGUAAAUGGUCUAGUCAAACUGGGAUGGCCUCUGUAUGACGAAAAUAGCGAGGAUCCCACAUUGAUUCGACUCGGUGGAAGAAACUCGGCCCGUAUCGUUUACGAGCCGCGAUCUAAGUAUGAUCGCUGUCCUUCAUCUCCAUAAUUGAGAGCAAUGGGCCAAUAAACGAGGAGACAAGAACGCUAACGCCAAAAGAGGGAAUUUUCGAGGUGGCCUGCAAAACUAUAAGGGGUUGAUUAAAGUUGAGGGAUUUCGUCGAAUUUUGGUAGG